AUGGAACAACUUCACGACGAUUUCAUUUUCCGUUCCAAACUUCCCCACAUUUACAUCCCCACUCAUCUCCCCCUCCACACCUACUGCUUCCAAAACCUCUCCCAAUUCAAAGACCGUCCAUGCGUCAUCAACGCCACCACCGCCGAAACCUUUACCUACGCCACCGUAGAACUCACCGCCCGAAAAGUCGCCGCCGGACUCAACAAACUCGGCAUCGCACAAGGCGACGUCAUCCUCCUCCUCCUCCAGAACUGCCCCCAAUUCGUAUUCGCAUUCCUCGGCGCCUCCUAUCGGGGCGCCAUCAUCACCACGGCAAACCCCUUCUACACCCCGGCGGAGGUAGCCAAACAAGCCACGGCGUCGAAAUCCAAACUAAUCAUAACGCAAGCGUCCUACGUGGACAAAGUGAAGGAUUUCGCGAGAGACAAUGACGUUAGAGUGAUGUGCAUUGACACGGCGCCGGAAGGUUACUUGCACUUCUCGGAGUUAACGGAGGCUGACGAGGGCGAAAUCCCGGCAGUUAAAAUAUCCCCAGACGACGUCGUUGCACUGCCGUAUUCGUCUGGGACCACGGGACUUCCGAAGGGGGUGAUGCUGACGCACGAGGGGUUAGUUACGAGCGUGGCGCAACAGGUUGACGGAGAGAAUCCGAACCUGUGGCUCGGGAGCGAGGAUGUGGUAAUGUGCGUGCUCCCACUUUUCCAUAUUUAUUCGCUUAACUCGGUUUUGCUGUGUGGGCUUCGAGUUGGGGCUGCCAUUUUGAUCGUGCAGAAAUUUGAGAUCGUUACGUUGCUGGAGUUGAUCCAGAAACACAAGGUGAGUGUUGCCCCGCUUGUUCCCCCCAUCGUUUUGUCCAUUGCUAAGAGCCCCCAUGUGGAGCGAUAUGACCUGUCGUCUAUUCGAAUGCUCAUGUCCGGUGCUGCACCCUUGGGAAAAGAACUUGAGGACUCUGUUAGGACUAAGCUUCCUAACGCCACCCUCGGACAGGGUUACGGUAUGACAGAAGCAGGACCCGUACUUUCAAUGAGCUUAGCAUUUGCGAAGGAGCCGUUGCAGGUGAAAUCAGGUGCGUGCGGGACCGUCGUAAGGAAUGCGGAGAUGAAGAUCGUUGACCCUCAAUCCGGCGCUUCACUUCCCAGGAAUCAAGCCGGUGAGAUUUGCAUCAGAGGCAACCAGAUCAUGAAAGGCUAUCUAAAUGACGAAGAGGCCACAGAAAGAACUAUAGACAAACGAGGAUGGUUGCACACUGGUGAUAUUGGUUACAUUGACGAUGAUGAUGAGCUUUUCAUCGUGGAUCGGUUGAAGGAGCUGAUCAAAUACAAAGGAUUUCAAGUGGCUCCAGCUGAGCUCGAAGCCAUGCUAAUUGCUCACCCAAACAUUUCUGAUGCUGCUGUUGUAUCCAUGAAAGAUGAAGUCGCUGGAGAGGUUCCAGUCGCAUUUGUUGUACGAUCGAACGGUUCUAAGAUAUCCGAGGAUGAAAUCAAGCAAUACAUCUCAAAGCAUGUUGUGUUUUACAAAAGAAUCAAUAGGGUUUUCUUUGUGGGCUCAAUUCCAAAGUCUCCCUCGGGAAAGAUCUUGCGGAAAGACCUCAGAGAAAGGCUUGCGGCCGGGCUUCCGGUUUAGGCAUAAUUUGAAAGUUCUAUCACAAGGCCCACUCUCGUUCUGACAGUGGGUGCCCAACGCAAUUGAAUCAUUCUGUACUCAAUGCUACUCCACCAAGCACCAGAUACAAAGCAUUUAGUACUAGUAGUUUUUUUUUAAUUUGAAGACCCAAA